GAACAUCUAGCAUUUCAAUAAUAAAAAAAAAAAAACAUGCGGCUGAAAGUGAAGAUGAUAGGCAAGAGGCUUCGAUAGAAAUCUUAAACGAUCUCUCUAAUUAUUCAAGACACAUUAAACAGGAAUUCUUCCGCUUGCUCCAAAAUCGGUGAAAUGGCUUCUAUGUAGGUACGGUUCGUGUCGGAAGUCCGCGAUCUCAUCUCCUUACGAAAUUGAUCAUAGUUACAGGCGUGCAAAAAUCUUUUAUGAUCCGCAUCAUCGAACCGUGGACGCGGAUUUUUGUACUGCUGUUUGAAAUCCAUCACCCCGUAACAAAAACGCAAUAUAAAACACGACGUAGGAGGAAAGUUUAGCACACGUAUCCGUUUAACGGCAGCCACAACUAAAAAUCACUUUAAAUUGAUGACCGGAGACCAGAGCGCUGAGCCGGCUGCAGCCGGCUGAGCGUUGAAAUUUGGAAUGGCGAGGAAGUGAAGUAGGAGCAGAGUGUCCUCAGAUCGAGGGACUUUUCUGACGCAUGCGCAGUAGCUUUAGAGAUGCCGCCAAAAUGCGCGAAAGUCGUCUGCUAGAACGAGGAGCGUGAAUCCGUGCAUGUCUCGGGAUUCAGAAUUUUCGGCUUCAGGAUUGCUUACAUGCAAUUUACGUCUCGACGUGAUUAAGAAAAGAGCCCUGCAGCUGCUGUACAAUUAAUAGCAUACCAAUCACAAGUCAAAAUAAUGGAUCUUGAUGCUACCUUUGAUUGCAAUGGCAAGGUGAAUGUUAACGAUUGGCAUCUGAGUAGAAGUGGACUGUUUUCUAACAGGGAGGUGGACAAUGCGCUUUUUCCACAAACUGAUUGUCCCUUUGCCCAUGUCGAAGUCAGACUCUUCAAUUGUGUUAUGCCUGGAGCCGUUGCUGUGAUGAAUUUGAAACAUUUCAUCUAUUGCAUGGAGAUGCAACUAAAGAUACUAAACAGACAAGAGAAACCAGUCACAAUAUCUGGAUUAUGUAAUAACGAUAAUGCAAACUACUUUCUUCUAAGAAAGAUGAUUUGCGAAUUUAUUGUAUAUUUUCGUACAUAUAUGAGCAGCAUAAAGUGGGAUCUUGGUACAUUAGAAAUGGUAAUGCCUGAAAUCAGCAAAGAUGUAGACACUCUGUUUGAUUGCAUCAAACACUUUCUUAGUACAUUACGCAGCAUCCCAGAUUCAACUCUGCAUUACGCUGCUUCUAACAUAGGCAAUAAGUGUAACCAGCCAGAGUUCCAUUUAUAUCACAUCCACAUAGAGUUAAGGUGGUUCUUUAUUACAUUAAUACACUCGAAAACUACGUGGUACCAAUAUCACACGCAAUUAGAGGAAUUUGAAAAUACUGCUGAAAUGAUCAUCAACGAUCUUCUAUAUUCUGCCAUGAAAAUAUUUGAAAGGUUAGCUUUAAGCUGGACUGUGGACCUUGCGCAAAAAACACCAUACUGCUGUACGUGUACGCGAGAAUUAUGGCUUAUGCUUCAAAUAUUUGUUGACAAUUUAGGAGAAAGAAAAAAAACUAAGUCAUUUUGGGAUCUUGUAAAUAGUUGUAUCGAUAGAAUAUUAAGUAAAGAUCAAUCCCAAGUGAUAUUUUGGCACAGAAGUGUGGAUUCCUCUCUGCCAGAUUUUAAAAAUCCCGAAUUGUUUUGCAUUUGGAUAAUAUACCAUCUGUCUCUGUUAUACGGAUACACUAACGACGGCGUUUACCUGCAAUCUAAUUCUCUAAGGAUAAAAUCGAAUUGCGAACAAGUUGAAAAGGUUCUAAAAGCGUACGUGUGUAAAGGUGGAAAAGAUGGUGAAAGGGAUGAGCUUGAUGUAGAGCUCAAGAUCAUAAUACCUUUGUUACAUGAUCUUAUCAUCAAUUGGUGGCAACCGCGAGUGCCAAUUAUAUCUUUCCUUUGGGACUGUUUCCACAAAAGAUUAGAUCAACCGUUUCUAUUACAAACUUCUGGACCUUGGGCUCUGUCCCUUGAAAAGAAGACAGCUAUGGAUAUUCUGAAGCAAAUUAAUGACAGAAUUUAUGGCAAGUUUGAACAUUUUAAGGAGUCCAGCUAUGGCAUGCUCUUGCAUUUGAUAGGUACUUUUUUGAAAAAAUACGGCACGUCGGAUCCGAAGUAUUGGAAUCAAAUUAAAGGACGUGUAUAUACAAAAUUUUCAAAGAACAAAGUCGCAGAGUUUUCCGAGAGCGGGCUCUACAACUUCAUAUCUUUAUUUAUGACCUUAGCUAUUACCGCAGAUACAAAUGUAUGUACAACAAUGUUAGAUCUCCUGCCAUCUGUGAAUGAAUUGAAUUACGAAUAUAAUAAAAAAUGCACUCUAAUCUGGAAAGGAAAAUUAGCGUGCCUUUUGCUGUUCAAUGAAAGAAGAUUAUCUCUCGGUUCCAUAGCCGGACAUUUCACUGAAACGAUCAACUUGAUAAGUUGUCGUAAAGACGAAACGUCUCGUUCUAUGAUGACCAAUUUUGUCGAUGUACUGAAUACGAUUUUGUCUGGCAACGAGAAAAUGGAUCUGGGGGAAUUCAAUUUCAUCGGCGGUUGGAUUGAUCGUUAUCUUUUGGAGUGUCCAAAAAACAGAAUUGGAUCUUUAUUGGAGAUGCUUGCGAAUGUUUUCGAAAAAUGUAUCGCCCUGCAAGUUUCCAGUAACAAUUCGGAUGGUGUCAGGAAAAUGUUGGACGCACUGUGGUGUGUCGUUGCAUCCAGAGUUCGCCAACUCGUCUUUGAUCCCGUGCUUACUGGUGACAAUUAUAAAAUUAUUUCUAAACUGGCUGUCAUAUUUACUUUAGAAGCAGUUAGAGAACCAACUACCGCUAAGAAGUAUAAGCACUCGACUGUAUCUUUAUUUCAGCACUUUGCAGCAUCAAUAUUUGUAAAAGAUAUAAGAAUUACCCAGUAUUAUUUAACGUCAAUUCUUGAGAAUGAGCAAACUAUCCAAAACUUGAAGAAGGAAAUUCCAAAUUUCGACACUAUUGUGAUCCAAGCUUGGAUAAAAUGUUCCAUUGUCGGUUACGACAUAAACAGGAAAGACAUAAAAAUUCUGCAAAACUAUAUUAUCAAUCUCAGUGAGAUCAAAGAGAUAUUUGUGUCGGAUUGUGAUAUGCACGAAUUUCAAAAUAGUAACGAACCCAUUUUAACAUUUAUAAUAUCGUUUAUGAAAAAGCAGAAUAGUUUAAAGACCGAGCAAGAGAAACUUCAGUACAACGCGAAGUGCAAGAUGUAUUUCAAAAAUUUAGAGAAAUGGGUUAUGAUACCUAUAACAGAGGAGACAAAAGAUUCGGAACUGGCAUUCUGGAUUUAUAGAUGUCUGGGUACAUUGAUUCUCUGCAUUUCUCCGACGCUAUAUACUAAAAAUCAACCAAACGAUAUGUUAAGAACGCUUAUCAACAAAAUUAUAUUAGUACCAGAGAACUCUACGCAGUCAUAUAUAAAACAAUUAGGAAAAAGGAUAUUUUCAAUGGUGAUACUUGGUUUAGAGAAAUUGAACGUCAAAAGCGACAUACUAUUGCAAGCGAUGCUGAGAGAUAUCUUCGAUCAGUACUUGCCGAUUCUGAUAACAGAAGUCAACAGCGGUUACAGUUUUAAGGUCUCCGACACGUUGUUGAAAUGCUUCAAGGAAGCAAGAAGCGAGUUUUUGCGUACGAUUUUCGAAACAUUGAUGUCGAACUUUUAUAACAUAUCAUCGGACAAUGUCAUGCACAAACACUCCAACUUGAUAACUUGGCUUAUAAAAACAUUACUUAAAGAAGGAAGAAAAUAUCCUAAUUAUAUUACGGAACACAUUAUCCAAAUUUGUUUUCCGAGCAUUUUUGGGUGCUACAUGAGAGUUCAUGAUCAUCAUCCACUCAAGCUGCAUACAAUUGACUUUAUCAAUGACGUAAUUAAAAGUCCGUACUAUGAGGAAGAUAAAUUUAUCAGGGAAAAAUGUCAAGCUGCUAUUUCUGCCGCAGUGCAAAAAUAUUUGAUGACAAACACACAAUUUACAUUUGAGUUCAUACGAUCUAUCUUGUCAAUUAAGAAAAGUAUCAUAAUUAGUUUGUUUCCGCAAAUUGAAUCUAUUGUACUUUCCGCCGAACAAUAUCGCCGACCCAAUGCAGCUUCCUUGAGGUUUUUGUCGAAUCAACUGAAAAAACAUAUGCUAAAUAUGGACAAUAAUUCGUGAUAGGAUCACAAAAAUUUAUUAAUAAUAAUUAAUAAAUGUUAAAUAUUCUAAUGACAAAUUUAGAUUUUCUAAAUUUUUAAAUUAAUCACCGAGAAUUAACAAUAAUUUGAUGGACUAUUUCAAUGUACAUAAAUACACAAGUUGGCUCAAAUUCAUAUUACCUAGAUUAUAUUUGAAACAAAAUUUCGAUCAAAAUAAGUAUAUAAAAUAAAGUGUAAAUUAUUGUCACGUAUACUAUAAAGAUACAAGUAUUAAUUAGUCGCGACACACACGUAAAUUCACUUUAAAUAACUGGCAAUCGUCGGUCCUACCUGUGAGGUAUAAGAAGGUGGAAUUUACAAACUGCUAAAAAUAAUAUCUAAAUUUUCUCUG